AUGCGCGCCUACACUCCUGCGCCGCUCGUGCCUCUUGGCCGCAUGCCUUCUCCGCGCCCGUCACGCUGGCGUCUAGAGUCCACUGAAACAAAGCUGUUGGCGCACUUGGCCGCGACGCUGCUGUCGUGGGCCUUGGCAGUCUCUGUCUCGCGGCGAGCGCGCCAGCUAUGCGCGCAGAGUAGCCCGAACAUGGACAUGCUCGGACUCCUCCUCGGGCUGGUCCAGCUCGGAGUGAUGUACCUGCCGUACAUCGGCUACCACGCGUCCGGCGGGCCCGUGCUCUUUCCGCCCAUCUCUUGCGCCAACAACUACACCUGGCUCCGGCGAGCGGCGACCUGGGCGGGGUUCAGCCUGCUAGCCGGAGGAGUACAUGCCUGGACGAUCCUAACCAGCACGAGCAAUCCGGUGCAGGCUGCAGAGACUUUCGCCGACUUCCUCUCCUACCUCCCUCCGGCUGGCCUCAUUCUGCUUGCUGGCAAUCCGGUUCCGCUGCGCGACUACGCCACGGCCUUCGCAGCGCCAGGGACGGAAGCGGAAUGGAUGACACCCGCGGCCUACAGGCACGCCGUGUCGAAACUCCCGGCAAGAAACAGGCCCGCGGUUCGAUUGCUCAUGGCUGCGCACCUCCUGGGUGCGCUUCUGCUCAUAGUCGCCCCAUCCAUAAGCGGCCUCUUUCGCAGAGAAUGGUACACCAAGCUCUGCGCAUGCUUCGCGCUCGCGCUAUUUGUUGGUCAUCAGCGGCGCCUGCCCAUCUACCGAAUGGCUAGCUCCCAGCUGAGUGCAAAGGUUAUGGAGACUUACGCGGGCGCGCCGGGCUGGCAGAACCAGCUGAACGCGCCUCGGCGAGAGCUGAAGCCGUGGAAACUCGUCAAUGAGCUUGGCGUCGCGGAGCAUCUGUUGCUAAACUCGCUGAUGCUCGUGAUGCUCUCCUACCAGCAUCACGACGAGGUGCAGGGGCUGGGAUGGGCAUCUCGCAUGAUAGCUCUUUUGUGGAACGCGGGGUUCGCCUCCUUUGGCGGUGAAAUGCUGCUCUCGAUGCUGCUCCGGACGGCCACCAAGAUAGUGUGA